AGCGGGCGCUGAGGGAGCGGGCCGGGCCGCCUCGUGCCUCUCGGCCGCGUGCGGCUGCGGACGGCGGUGGGGCGACGCGACGAGCCUCGGAGAAACCUCGGUGCCGUACGUUCGGCGGCCGCGCUCCUCAGCGCGCGGCACGGCGACACGCGCUCGGGUCGCGUCGUGUGGCCGAACGGAAGAGCGUCCCCGAAACAAAACGGGACGGCAGUGUCGUCAGCAGAUAAGCAGCGAGCCCUAGAAGAAACCAAAGCCUACACAACCCAGUCAUUAGCAAGCGUAGCCUAUCUGAUCAACACUUUGGCAAACAAUGUUCUCCAAAUGCUGGAUAUCCAGGCAUCUCAACUUCGGCGCAUGGAAUCUUCAAUCAACCAUAUUUCACAAACGGUGGACAUUCACAAAGAAAAAGUUGCUAGAAGAGAAAUUGGUAUCUUGACUACAAACAAAAACACCUCAAGAACUCACAAAAUCAUUGCACCAGCUAACUUGGAGCGACCAGUUCGCUACAUCAGGAAACCUAUUGAUUAUACAAUUCUAGAUGAUAUUGGACAUGGAGUGAAGUGGUUGCUUAGAUUUAAGGUCAGCACACAGAAUAUGAAGAUGGGUGGGUUGCCACGUACAACACCACCCACCCAGAAGCCACCAAGUCCACCAAUGUCAGGAAAAGGAACUAUUGGGCGUCACUCUCCUUAUCGUACGUUGGAGCCAGUACGUCCCCCGGUGGUACCAAAUGACUACGUGCCUAGCCCAACGCGCAACAUGGCUCCCUCACAGCAGAGCCCUGUUAGAACGGCUUCUGUGAACCAGAGGAAUCGCACAUACAGCAGCAGUGGGAGUAGUGGAGGAAGCCACCCAAGUAGUCGGAGCAGUAGUCGUGAGAACAGUGGAAGUGGCAGUGUGGGUGUUCCUAUUGCUGUUCCCACACCAUCUCCUCCCAGUGUCUAUCCAGCCCCUGCUGGCUCGGCUGGCACUUCUCCCCUUCCUUCUACCUCUGCUCCUGCCCCCACCCCUCCUGCUCCAGCCCCUUCCUCCUCUACCCCAGACGCUGCUGCUGCUGCAGGAGCCCAGCCCCUUGCUGAUGGCUUCACCUCUCCAACUCCCCCUGCUGUUUCUUCCACGGCCUCUACAGGCCACCCAGUUCAAUUCUACAGCAUGAACAGGCCUGCGUCUCGGCAUACACCACCAACAAUAGGGGGAUCUUUGCCGUAUCGGCGUCCUCCUUCGAUCACGUCACAGACGAGCCUUCAGAACCAGAUAAAUGGAGGACCUUUUUAUAACCAGAACCCAGCAUCCCUUGCUCCUCCUCCCCCCUCCAUCCUACAGGUAACUCCGCAGUUACCGCUAAUGGGAUUUGUGGCCAGAGUUCAAGAAAACAUUUCAGAUACUCCUCCCCCACCCCCACCUGUGGAUGAGCCAGUGUUUGAUGAGUCCCCGCCGCCACCCCCACCUCCAGAGGACUAUGAGGAGGAAGAGGCAGCAGUGGUGGAGUACAGCGAUCCAUAUGCAGAGGAGGACCCUCCCUGGGCACCACGUACCUACUUGGAAAAGGUGGUAGCCAUUUAUGACUACACGAAGGACAAAGAAGAUGAGCUCUCGUUUCAGGAAGGUGCCAUCAUUUAUGUCAUUAAGAAGAAUGAUGAUGGUUGGUACGAAGGGGUCAUGAAUGGAGUGACGGGGCUCUUCCCAGGGAACUACGUGGAGUCCAUCAUGCAUUACUCAGAGUGAAGACUAGAGGACAGAGCGCUGCAUCUCCUGCUGCAGGAGCUGUCAGGGCUUCCUCAUCUCCACCAGCCUCUGGGGCCCCAUCCAAAAUAGCAGAAUGAAGGAUAAUUGUAACAACCACUCUUUUUUUUUUUUUUUUUCUCCUCAUUAUAAAACAGUAGUGUUUUGAGUUGUUUGAACAAGUGGCUCUUCCAGUUGCCAGCAGAGGCUAUCAUGAGCAAUCUGAUGCUGAAGUAAGCUGACCCAUUCAGAUCUAACAAACUCAUUGAGUAGCUGUUAUUUCCUUCACUCCCAUUCUGACUUCUUGACAGGCUCUGGGAUCUCUCUCAGGAAUCCUGUGCACCGUGAUGGCACUACAUUUGGCAGCAGUGCCUGGCACUGGGGAUGUCCUGGAUGCUUGUGGUGAAGGGUUGCUGGCUGGUGGAUGUUUCUCCUGUUUCUACACUACACUCCUGUGCAGCUGGAAAAAUGCUUGUGUGUUAGCAAACACAGGGAUUUGUAUGCAAAGUUGUUCAUGUAUCUGACUUCCUUACAGUUGGUUGCAUCUUUAGCAAAAACACUUCUGCAGCUGCUCUGCUUUUAUACGCUGACACAGGCACGCAGAGCUGGCUUUGGUUAACUCACCCUUUAGUUUAGACAAUUAUGACAGCUGCAGCCCAGAAGACCCUCGUCCCCAUUUCCUCAUCUUUUGAAUGCAACAGGUUUGGUUUUGGUUAUGAUUGUGCUGCUCCUGCCAUGGGUGCUGCUGGGUUGUCCAGAACUCACAGAUGCCAUUGACAGUGAAGGUGAAGUUCACACGUCCUCCUGGGGUCUGAGAAUAAACUCUAGGGGCUGUUCAGAUCUACUCACACCUGCUUGCACUAGAGAAACAUACCCCCAACUUUAGUCUUAUGCACAAUAUAAUCUUAAAAAUCCAAUCAGGUAUUGUAAAUUGGCUUUUUUUUGUACUUGAUGACUAGACUUGCAUAUGUACUGUGAGAGCCCUGUGCAGAGGCAGGACAAACGGCAAUUGUCGUCUUCGUGUCUAUUGCCAAAAUCUCUUCAGUGGAAGUAAAAAGGGCUGAUGUUGUGUACUGGUUUCCCAUGGAAAUCCAAGCAGUAACUAGAAGUAGUCCUAGCUCUUCUCCCAGUCCUCUCCAUUGUUUAUUAUGAAGAAAUAGGUAUUUUAACUGUACUUGUGGGUCCAGGGUGGAGUAAUAACAAGUGGAGGCCCUGGGCUGAUGGUUAGCUUUUUAAGUCUCCGUUAAAAAUGCUGCUCGGUGAUUGUCAGUGUAAAAUGAUGGCUAUGCUAGUCUGCCCUCAGGAAGGACUAAAUACUGCCUUUCGUUGAACGUCAUGUUGAACCGAUUAAACCUCCUGUUGUAGUCCUGCUGCUCCACAAAUGGAGCUGACCUCUGUACUGCCAGAGCCUCCUGGGCCAGAGAAACAGUCCUGGACAACGUAUGACUGACAUCUGACCAGAUUCCAGACAAUACUGUCAAAGGCAAGGUAGUGCUGCAGCUUUCUUCUGAAGCCUGUGUGUAAAACAGCAGUACAGAGAGUGCUGCCAGCACUGAGUUUGUGAUGAUAUUGGCAGUGGGGCUGCGUACUUGUCACAAGCCCCCUGCCCCUCCUUGGUAAGCAGUGCAGUGCCAUGUUGAAGGCACGCGUCUGGUACAGACUUGCUCAGGGAGAAGCUGUAGCUGCUCAAGGGGGAAGAAACAGACAGUGAGGUGUGCUUGUAAUAGGCAGGUGAAUUUGAUCACCUGCUGUGAGCUUGCAGAAGAGUGUGUUAAUCCUGUGACAGUGAGUAAGGAACUAGCUUAGUGGAAGCUUACAAGAAGUAUAGUUUUGAAGGAACCUGUGCAAACAUAGAAGUUACUUUCUCCCCUGUUCAGUCCACAGCUGUGUAGCCAAAACACUAUUCUUUUCUUUCUGGAAGUUGGCAGCAUUACUAUUUGGAAUAGAUGUUAGAAUCUAGAAGAGAUGCUUUUCUACUUUCCUUUGCAAAAGCUUCUGUCUUACAGCAAGAUCAGUAGAAGCAGCCAUGUUCAGUUCCUUCAGCCCGUUGUUUCUCUAGGAGCACACCUACAAACACUGAUUGUGCUAUAGCUGGAAUGUCUGUUUCCAGUGUCAUGGGAUGUGCCUACACUUUUUGCAUAGGUCAGUGGUUCUUGCAGCCCGGCUAGAGACUGGGAUGAUUGCACUGCAGCACCACAGUCACCCCCUAAGCACCAAAGAUUUGUGUUUUCCAGGACUGUCAAAGCUUCCCUGGCUUCUUCUGUCCUGGGUGUGCUUUUGGUGAUGAAAGCACACAGUGCUCAAAUGUACUGAGUUACGGCAGCUUAAUGAGUUACUAAAUGACAGCUAAUAUUCUCUUCUUGUGCACCCACAUUCCAGCUGGGAGGUGAUGAAUUAGUGAAAUGUGUCUUUAACUCAGUCUGUCAAGAGCAUGCGCUUGAACACUUCUGACUGACAGGUGGUGACUGUGUGUACUUGCAUAGUGCGUGAUACACUCACCUGGUUGUGUAUCAUGUAAAUUUCAUGUGUUGAGAGCUGCCAGAGCAGUGUGAACACCAGAAAGUGCUGCAUAACUUGUUGGAGCUCAGUACAGAAGAUAAGCUGCAAAACCUUGAAGGUGAAAUGUAGGAAGCUCCCUGGAAGGCUGGCUUUGAGAGGUUAAUUUGGUCUCUAUUGAUAGCAUUUAGUUUUUUGUCCUCGAAGAGCUGCUGUGGAUGGAAUUUCUGGGUCACCUCCUGCUGGUUUUAUGCUUUAUUAUGCAGUAUUAAUGCAAAGAAAAGAGAGUUUUAUGCAUACUUUUUAUUUUGUACAGAUCUUAAUUCUGUAGUUUGUUUGGGGAUGAUGUGAUGUUAUGUUCAUAGACCAGGCCAAGGUAAACAAGCUUUUUGUAUUAAUGUUGCAUAGACUGCAUGCUAGCAAAGUCGGUGAGGGUUGUGUUUUUAAUUUUGUCCCUUGUACAUCUCCUUCUCAGAAACCUUUCUUCCCCACUUUCUUUACAUUUCCUUCUAAAAGAAGGUUUAGGAAAGUGGAGAAAAAAACCAACACCCUUGUAGAUGCAAACUUCUCUUUGAGUUCUACUACACCUGAAGAUGUUCAGCAUCAGCUGUCAGAGCAGAGGGUAUGCAUGUGGGAGAGCUGGGGGAAGGAGAUACUACAGAAUAGCCCUGAGUGCUAAUGACCAAAAGAAACAUUUCUCCCUUCUUGAGAGCUACACUGCCCACAGCCAGCUGCUUUCAUUGUGCUUAAACAGGCAGGAAUCUAGCUGCAGCUUCUGCUUUAAUUUGCUCUAGCAGGGAUUUUCUUCCUUGCUCUCAGCCCUCUUGGGACAAAUCUAUUAACUGGAGCUGCCCCUCUGACAUGUGCCUGUGUGGAAAGGAUGUCACAGACUGUCCCCCAGAUAGUGCUGAAGCAGAUUAUUUUGAUGUCUGUGUUCAGCAUCAAGGUGGCUAAGGUUGCAUGUAUCUAACCCAUUGAUUUUUAUCUUUUUCUUCUUUCUCCUUGUCCUUAUCUUUGUUUCUUAU